AUCUAGUUUUCUGGAUUUCUGGAUUUCUUUUGUCAUGUCUCAUUUUCUCUUCCUCCCAAGCGCUUUAAGGGUCUUCACUUAUUCUUAUCUCUUCCCCCCGAAUUAGUCUGAUCUCUGAUCCUCAUUGUCCACUGUAACUUUUAACAGUUUCCAACGUGGUUCUGACACGCUACGUUGACUCUCCCGUCUUCCCCCCCCCCGCUCACGAUCAAGGCCCCAGUUAUUCCGCACCGCUAAACCUCCAAGUGAGGGAAAUUAGCAUUCGACUCUUACUUAAAAAUAGGCGAUAUCGGUCUCGCGCUGGACGAUACUCACAAUAAUUGAUAUUGUACUCAUCUCAAAUCCCCUCUCAUAUCAUAAACUGAGAGCACAUCGCCUCACUUUCCUCUACACAAAAUGGCCGGUCAAUCGAAACCCGCGCUCUCGCCGUGGGGCAGCGCUGUUGCAGGUGCAACGGGUGCCGUGCUUGCAAACGCAAUGGUCUACCCUCUCGAUCUUGUGAAAACCAAACUUCAAGUACAAGUGAAGCAAGCGGACGAGACGAAGAAAGAAGGUUCCGAUGAGACGGUACACUACAAAUCGACUCUGGAUGCCAUCAACAAGAUCGUGGAGAAGGAAGGUAUCGAAGGGCUAUAUUCCGGCAUCACGGGGGCUUUGAUCGGCGUUGCGUCCACCAACUUUGCCUAUUUCUACUGGUACACCAUUGUACGAUCACUCUACAUGGCAUCCAACAAGGUACCUAAGCCCCCGGGUACUGCAAUUGAGCUCUCGCUUGGCGCUGUCGCUGGCGCUGUCGCCCAGAUCUUCACUAUUCCGGUAUCUGUCAUCACUACGAGACAACAGACGCAAGACAAGAGCGAGCGCAAAGGUCUGGUCGAGACAGGCAGAGAGAUCGUGAACAGCGAGGACGGCUGGACUGGUUUGUGGCGAGGACUCAAGGCUAGUCUGAUCCUCGUCGUCAAUCCCGCUAUAACCUACGGGGCAUAUCAGCGGUUGAAGGAUGUCCUAUUUCCGGGAAAGACCAACUUAAAGCCUUGGGAGGCAUUCCUUCUUGGUGCCCUUUCUAAGACUCUGGCCACGAUUGCGACGCAGCCAUUGAUCGUAGCCAAGGUCGGCCUUCAGUCGCGACCGCCCCCCAGCCGUGAAGGCAAACCCUUCAAGACCUUCAGCGAGGUCAUGCGCUACAUUAUCAAAAAUGAGGGAGCGCUAUCUCUAUUCAAGGGCAUUGGACCUCAGAUCACUAAGGGUCUCCUCGUGCAGGGUCUGUUGAUGAUGACGAAAGAACGUGUUGAACUCAUCUUCGUUCUUCUGUUCGCCUAUCUACGCAGAAUCCGGGCGCAGAAGCUCAAGAAGGUGGUGGAUUCCGCAGCAUCGACAGCCAAGACCAGUCUGCCAGUUACCUUGAAAUGAUCUCUAUCACUUCAUCUUAACGCGUCAGAUACACAUAUAUACUCCUUACUAUUUUCUUCCUAUAGCAGACAUGACCCCUAGACUUCACAUUCUAUUCACCCCCGAUCUGACAAAUUUAACCUUGAUUUCAUUCAUGCUUUGAUAAUUGGUAUACCGAGCACGCCCACUAUUACCGGAUAGCUAGCAUUGUGCAACAUUGAUCAUAAUGUAUACAUACGCUGGAAUCUCCAUAGAACCAUG